AUGGAGAGCUGCUUCAGAUCAUUCUCGAAGUUCUUCAUGUUUGCCAACGACUGUGCGCAGAAGAUGAUCGCGAUCCACGAGCACACCUUGUACUGCAAACCGAAAUCGAUUAGAAACCGAAACCAUAUCGACGCGUGCAGCCCAUCCACUAAGAUGUUGUAUUUGUUGCAUCUUCAAAACGCGGCCGAGGAAUGGGCGGCCAAGGCUCACCGCAUCGAGGAUGCGCUCCAGGUGAUGAAGGAGGCGCUGGACGACCUGAGGCGAACAGUCGAGGGCGUCGAGCGGGGGAAGGAGCGUGGUGCAGGAGCAGCUCGGGCGGCCGGGCGGGUGCUGCUGCUGUCCAGGGCCAUCGUCACCGCGCAGCAGCUGCUGGGAAGGAGAACCUUACCACAACCAAGUGAUUGCCUACAUUUCUUUGGAAGUGUGAAUGUCGAUGCCCUCGGGCGUUUUAGAGCUCAAGGGUUUUUUGUUCGGGGGGCAGCCUAUUUGCAGCUAUGUCCCCAGUCUAGCGAUUGUGCUGAACUUUUGGUAAAUGUGGAUGGGCCGAGUGCAAAAGAUUUGUCAGUUGACCCAAACACAUUUUAUCUUCCACAAGAUGCUAAUCAGGAAUUCUAUACCCGAGCUUUACAGUACAGUUGUUCUGUUUCAAAGCAGGGAUUUGAAGCCCAAGGUCUUCUCGUGAAUGCUGCAGAGUUUGGUCUGAAUAAUGAUUCUUCUGUGAUGGGAGGAUAUCAGCAAUUUGACUACCUUCUGGGGCCUCCUCAGCCUGAAGUGUAUGAAGGAAUGCAGAUGCAAAAUAUCAGCACAAAUAUCAUCCACCGGCGUAGACCUUCUAAUGCAUCCUGUCUUGAUCAUACAGAAGAACUAACUUCCUAUGACACUGAUGACAGAGCUGUCUCAUUUGGAAGUAGUUGUAGCAUAGGAAUUGCAAGUUAUCCAUAUAGUACUCCUUUGCAAAGCAAUAACCACUUUUCGGGCACACGGGAUGGAACUUGGGAUGCCCUUAUGCAAAUGCAAGAGGCUUUGGAAGCAUCCAACAGUGACAAUGGACUCAAUGAAGAGUGCAGUGGCUUGACUUUCAAUCAUGCAGAACUGUCCGGUGGGAAUACCAUGAAGCAUCAAGUUGUUUGGGACAAUGGCUCUUUAAAAAGCCCAUCUUUCACCUCAAGUUUUUUGCCUUUCCCUGGUGAUACUGAGACCACCCUCACAAGUGCCUCCACUGUUUGUAGCUUUCAGAACUUUGCUGAUCUCCAAUAUAAGAUGAAUAACAAUGAGCAAAACAAAUCAUCUUUUGAGGUUGAACUGCCUCAUCAGAAAGGGCCCACAACGAGCCAUGUUAAUGGAAGCCGAGGUGAAAUGCAUUCUGCUGAAUGGGGAACAAUUCCUGGUCACAUAGAAUCUUCUGGCUUUAUGCCAAGCACUGAAGACAGACAGAAUGAUAUAUCACAUCAGCUGUCAAGUUCAUUCGUAUAUAGUGCAGAUGGAACUGUGGAUAAUGGCUCAAAAAAGUCACCCCUCUUGUAUGAAUGUGAAGAGCAAAUGGAAAUUGAUUCACUUCUAAAUUCGUUUGGUGUAUCAACUGAUUCCUUUUCGCAAACAUGUGGAAUGUUUGAGCAAAGCAACAAUUUGGUUGAGUUUGGUAUGAAGAUCGAAUUAGAUCAAAGUGGUUCUGCUGCAUGCUUUAGUAAUACUGCCCCAUAUAUGCAAACUGGACCACCAGAGUCAGCUAUAUCUGAUGGGUCUUCUUAUCCUGAACAGUAUCAAUCUACUUCUCAAACAUGUGGCUUAUUUUAUGCUUCAGCAUCUCAGUGGCAAAAUAUGUCAAGUUCUGGGUUGCCUUUACUGGAUUGUUGCAAAAGUAUUGGUGAGCCCAGUUCAAUAAUUAGCUUGGGGGGGAAUGGUAAAGGACACCUGCUGCCCACAAGUGAAGGUACUUUAGUACAGCAACCACAGAGUGUUGCUACUGAUACUAGGCUGGAAAUGACCGACAGUGUUGCUAAUUGCAAUCUAGAGUUCACUGGUAGAUUGGAUAACCAAUCUUGUCCAAUAGGCGCUUCUGUAUGUCAUGAUGAAGCAAUGGCAGCCAAAGUUUUACAGACAGCACAACCUGGCGUAGUCACAGAUUGCACCUUUGGAGUAGGUACUUCAAACCACACUGGAUGCUCAGACAUGCAGCUACCCAUUACACAUACUACUUCUGUUCAAGAGCCUGGCCCGAGUUUGUCCAAGGACCUCAACUCAUCAUGUAUUCAGGGAACAGAGAUCAAGAAAGUAGUUUUAAGGGCAAAAUACAAUUCUGAAUGCCAUGGCAUCCUCCACCCCAAGUCUUUUGAACAAAACACUCCUGAGAGUAUGGAUAUUGAAACAUACAUGUAUGGUUGUGAUGAUUAUAGCCAGAUUGUUGAUCCUCAGCAGAGUACCAUACACUCAGCAAGCAAACCUUCACACUCAAGUGUUUUGCCAGCUGACAAGCUUGAUGACAAGGCCGUUUCACAGCAAAAAAAGCGGAAAAGGGCUACAGAAAAGCUUUUAGCAUGGCAUGCACAAGUCAUGACUGUGCAUGGGAGCAGGCAUCGUAGAAGAAUUCCUGAGUUGGAUUGGGCUCGUGCUACCAAAAGAUUGGUUGAGAAGGUAGAUGAUGAGAAUGCAACAAUGGGAAGUAGCAGCUUUAGUACUCGAGCUGGGAAAAGACUUAUUUUGACAACUAGCCUGAUUCAGAAUAUUCUUCCUGUUGUACCAGCUAGACUUCUUGCCACAAAUGUUACUAAUUUCGCUGAAACCAUUGUAUACCACCUUUCUAAAUUCGCACUCAGUGACGCAUGUGACACUGUUCUGUCUGUUGGGAAUGACGACACGCUACUACACCAGAGCAGCACUUCUGCUAACGAAGACUCAAAAAUCCUAUCAGAAGUUCUGGAAACCUAUGGGUCGAGGUUUGGCAAGCUGGAAAUUUCCUUGUUAAGCGCUGAGAAGAUGAUGACAUUACAUGAUAUGGCAUCAGAGCUGCAGGACUUGGAGCGGUGGUAUAUUGUCUAUCGUCUUGCGAAGUGUCAUGGAUACGCUAAAAAUUCUGGACUCGACCCCUGCACAGCUACUGUCAAGAAACAUGAUGGAGCUGCUGCAGCACCAGUAGACUCGCUGAGUAGUAUCAAGUGUCGCUUACUGAACUAG